AGCAAGUCACGUCGCCCUGGCAACCAGAGAACAGUCGUGGGGAGUGGGCGGGGACGCAGGGAGAGUAGCAGCCUCUGUGUUAGGUAGGGGUGGGCUGGGGUCCGGUGCGGGUGGCUCCUCAUCUCGCUCCCGUAGCACCCAAGGCCAUCAGCGACCCCACUAGGCUCAGUGCAGCGGAGCUCCCCGGACCCUCAUGGAGAGACAAGAGUUUUUGGGUUCAUUAGAGGUGUUAGAUGGGCAUAAUACGACAGAAGUGUCUGCUUCUUUGGAAGUUCUCCAGGCGCCCUUAGUACACAGAAUUCCCCACCUGCACGACGAGCCCACCGAGCCUGAGGAGCAGGAAGAGCUCCAGGUAUCUGAGGAAGCCCUCGAGCAAAGCCAGCGAGACGAAGACAAAGAGAUCUCUGAGCCCCACAAACGCUAUAAGUCAUAUUCACUUUCUGACCCCCACAAACACUAUGAGCUCUAUGCUCCCCGUGCUCUCCAGCGGCUCCACGAACGCAACAAAUCCUACGAAUCCUGUGAAGUCUACGAAUCCUACGAAUCCUCUGUGCCCAGGGAGCCCCAUGAACCCCGUGAAUCCUGCGACCACUACGAGCCCUACGAUCCCUAUGAGGUCCAUGUGCCCCCCAAGCCUCAGGAGCCAAAUGCACCCCGUGAACCCCACAAGCUCCACGCGAGGCGUAAACCCCAUAGGCCCCAAGCUCCCCGAGAGGCCCACAAGUCCCGCGAAGCUGAGCUGCUUCCCAGCUCCGCCUUGAUGAUCUCUCCGUCUCUUGUGAUCAGAUACCCGCCUGCUCCGCAGCUCCACUUGUUAGGGGCAGAUGCUGUUCCCCGUGAGUUUUUAAGGAAAUGUGUUUUUUCCAGGAAGAGAAUGCACGAUCUUUCUAAGCCUAAAAAACAAUGGGGAACCCCAGAUAGAAAACUAUUUUGGGGAAAUCAAGACCCUAGCCCUGUUCGCCAUGGUGCUUUGAAGACUCAGAUGACCAAAAGACUUGAGAACCUUGCCUUGCCCAAGGAAGUCUCCUACAGAUAUAUACCCAACAGGGUUCAAUAUUACUACAGUUGCGGUAGAGAAUCUGUAAUCUGGGAUAUACCUCCUCCUGUGCUGUUAAGUAAACCUUCCAAAAGGAUCCAGAAGCUAGCACAGCCCAACAGAUUCAAGAUAAUGGAUCUAACAGAUAGGUCAUUCACGGAUUACAUAACAAAAGAGCCUGUUCACCUCUCUGGUCCUUCUCCCCGGAUAAUUCGACUCUCAAUAGCCAAAUCCAUACAUCCAAACUAUGUUCCUCCAAAAGGCAGUGAAAACAGGAUUUCAAUCUCUGCCCUGAAUGCUGUCGCAAGUCCAAGAAUUGUAGACCUUGCCCAUCCAAGGAUCAAGAUAGAGGGUUUGUGCUAUCCAAGACAAAGAAGUGAAGUGCCUAUCCGUCCUAUAACCCAAGCUGCCCUGCUAGCCAAAGCCAGCUCUCGAAUAAUAGCUCUAGCUCAGGCCAAGUCUCUUCAUGAAGGUUAUUUACCUCCCCGUGACCCCUACUGGCCAGUCUCAUAUGCUGCUCUGCAUUCCAAAGCUUCUCCCAGAGUCCAAGAACUGGCUCAUCCAAGUACAAGGUCUCCUAUGCAUAUUGUAUACUACGAUCCACAGGUCUUUAAAGUCAAGCCAGCUGCUUUGAAAUCAAAAUGUUCUCAGAGGAUCAAGGAGUUGGCAGAACCUCUUACACGUUAAACACAGAGAGCUACAUCACAAACUCUAGUUAUGUAUCUAGAAGACAUACUAGACAUCUUAGUUCCCUACUCCGGUACUGUUUGGUUUGUAUUCCCCCUCAACGUCAAAAACAUACGGGACCUCCAGGGGACGCCACUGUGACCAUCGAUGAGCAAUUGCUGCUGUGACCCUGUCAUCAUGUGUUUAGCAGGUUUGGGGACUCUAGGAUGGAAUAAAAGAGAAAACGAUAGCUUGUCCUAUUCUUACUAUUGCCUCACAAGCGUCUUGGCUGUGACUGACCUGAAGAACAUUCUUCCUUAUAUUAGCUGGUUUCACUCUUCUUAUUCCAGUGAGGUCCGUGUUCCCCAGUAGCGGAUCUGGGCUCAGUGCCUUCUCUCAUGAGUCCUGAGAAUCAAAAACAGGCUUUGUGUUACUUUUCCAAUCUCCCCUCCUUCUCGAGAAAUAACACUGAAAGAGUGAAACCUUUUCGGAUAAAUCUAAAAGCUUUUUAUAAUCUGUAGAUGAAAUUCAGGGAACAAGUUACCUUAAACGAUCACACCUCCACCAAUUUCCAUUCCUUUACUCAUGCUCAGUGUUACUGAUCAUGAAUGAUAGAAAAAGCAAGGCAUUUGGUGUUAUAAUUCCCUGUCAAAUUGCAUCUGCCCCAAAGUUUAAAAAUUUCAUAUAUUUAUUUUCUCCAUGGAUCAGUAUUUUACAAAUUAAACUAAGUUUUAUGACAUAUCUGGAUUUACAUGAAAAUGAACUUAUUUGAAAACCAAUUUUACAGAUGAAUCAGCUCUGUAUCUCAGGCUUCUAUGCUUAGGAGAUAACUAGUGUUAUGGUGAGACAAUACUACCUAGUAGUCUUGAACUUGAGUUUUGGUAUUGGACAGACCUGAGUUUGUAUCCCCUUUGGAUCGUUUAUCAGAUAUGUGA